AUGCUCACAAUGCGCAAGAAGAAAAUUAUUGAAGCAUUACAUUGGCUGAAGAAACACAACGUACUUUAUCAAAAUGUCGAUAUAAAUCUGAAGAAUAUUGCUCAAUUAACUGAAGACGACGUACCAGAAUGUAUUAUGUCAAUGACAGAACAGAAAAUAGAUGAUGAAGAAAUUCAAUCUGAAAGAAUUGGAUAUAUUCCUGAUCCAUUAUCCGAUCCGAUAGAACGUACUACUACAGAUAGUAUUCCUAUUAGUAGCAGACGUGGAGCACCUGAAGAUCAAUCGCGUCCAGUCGAAGUAAAUUUACGCGAACGCAUACGUUAUCUGUUACCGUACAAUGAUCGACGUUUUGAAAUGAACCACAGUUUUAUAUUUGUCGUCUUCAGUCUAUUACAACGACAUGAUGCUUGUUUUCAUGCUCAGCUGAUCGCAACAAAACCUUACUUUCGAGUAUCUGCUGAUGAAAUUCAAUCCUUGAAAAGUAAAGAUAUUGAAAUGGCGCUCGAUAACAUUUCCAAAAAAACAUACAGUUCGGAAUCCAGCAAUGCAUUAAAUAAAUUACUACAUCAUAUUAAAACCAUCGGUGGUCGAGUUAUGGGUUCAGCAUAUUCACAUACGGCAUUAUGUACACGUAUUCAUGCAUUAAUCUACAAUCAGGGAUUACCAAGCAUUUUUUUAACUUUAAAUCCAGCUGAUAUUCACAGUCCCGUGGCAUUAUAUUUUGCUGGCGUCAAGCUUGAUUUGGACAAUAUUCAAAUGGAACAACUUACGGAUACUUACAAAAGAGCUGAAAUUAUAGCAUCUCAUCCUGUUGCUACUGCCAAAUAUUUCCGUUUAUUGAUCAGUAAUAUCUUAGAUACUAUGAUCGUUGGUGGUGUACUUGGCCCAAUAAAAGCUUACUUUGGUACCGUUGAAAUCAAACGACGAGGUUCCCUUCAUUUGCAUCUUCUUAUUUGGCUUGAUCAUGACAUGAAACCAGCUGAUAUGAAAGACAAAAUUUAA